AUGAAACCAACGGAGCCUGUCAAAUUCGAUUUAAAGCGGAUGCUUACUUCUACUGAAUCCCAAAAAAUUUGCAGUGAGCUACGGUUACGACGAGAAAAGCUUAUGGAGAUGUUCAGAAAUGCUGGAAACGAUUUGAAGGAUGUUGAUGAAAAGUUUAACGAGUAUCUCCGACUUUUCGCUGGUUUUCUUGUUGAUAUUGGUGUUCUUGCUGCUGGAGGUGAUCCGUCGCGAGCUAAUAGCAAACUAGUCCCUGUUGUUCGGGGUGAUCCAUCGCGAGCUAAUAGCAAAUUGGUCCCUGUUGUUCGGUAUCAUUGGGGUCAUUCUAUGCUCGGAACAGCUUCAACAGAGCAGUCAGAUUCAUGGUUUGAGGCUUUGAAUCUCAUCGAAUGUAUGGCCAUAUGGCUUAUGAAACAUGCUGCAUGGGUAGCAGGUAAAGAUGAAGUGAGUAGAAUUUUCACCGUUUUUUCAUACUUCUCAUGA